UUGAACAGGUAACCAAACAAUAAAUUAGUAUAAAUAUUGAUCAAAAUCUCAACUUUUGUUCAGUUAAUUGCAAUUAGUUAACAAGUAAAACAAUCAAUCAACAACAAUCAUGAAUCGAUUAAUUACAAUUGUCGCCCUUCUCUCAGCAUGUUACGUUGUAAGUGCCUGGAAAGACUGGAAAGAAGGUAAAAGUCAAUGUGAAAUCUGUAUGGCCGAAACUGGAGCUUAUUUGACCGAUUUCAAGUUAGCCCGAAACCAACAAAUACCCAAAUUAACUGAUACCUGUGGCAAAUACCCAACCCCAGACGGUUCAUGUUCAUCGCUCAUGGAAAUGUUCAAAUACACUUACGAUACUUUGGAAUCUCGACUUGCCGCCAAGGAAAUUUGCGCUUUCUACGGAAUCUGUACUUCUGAGACCACUAUUGACACCAGUGAUCCUGCUAUUCCCGCUGCUCCAGUUAGUCCCAAAGAUCCAUCAAAGGCUUACGACGAUGCAACUUGUUACAACUGUAACAUCACCGCCACCGUAACUUACCUUAAUGUUGGUUCUUACGCCGUUUCAAUGAACGCUGGACUUGAAAACAAUUGUCUCUCCUGGACCAAGGCCGGUAUGUUCCCAACCACUGAAGAGCACAAACACUGCAAAGACUUCAUGGGAAAAGUUUUCGACAAAUUGACCAACACUAUUCGAGAUAAAUCAAAUGUCAACUACCUUUGCUCAGAUCUUUUCGAUGUCUGUCCAUCUACCCAAUAGUAAACAUCAAACAUGAAGCUAAAUAAAAAUUUGGAAUUGUAGUUAUUAGAAAAGUAUAUUCACUUCCAAUAAAAAGUUAUAAAUAAUUUCAA